AUGGCCGCCCGGGGCAACUGCGUUGACGCUUGGCCGCAGACUUUCCGCGCAACCCAAACCCAGCCGACAUACAACCUCUUGACAGGUGCCGACAAUGCUGCCAGUAGACCAUCUUCUCGUCAAAGUGCCACUGGCGAGUCGCUGCGCGCCGUUUCGCGGGAGAGCUCAAAGGAAAAUCUCGCCCCACCCGACGCGGAGCAAUACGAGUCUCAACGCCAUGUCAUCGAGGAGCUCAAGGCGGAGCUUAGCGGCCUCCGUUACACGAUAGAGACAUUCGAGCAAGAGAAGCAGAUGGCCGAAGCUCGACACAAUGCCGACAUUGAAGACCAGCGCCGACGCGCCCAAGCUGAUUUCACCGCGAAACAGACCGCCGAGACGGAGAAGUCGCAAGCGCUGCGCCAACUAGAGUCGGCGCAGAAAGAGCUUGCUGAUAUUCGAGAGUCCUCCAACCAAGAAAAGUCGACCUGGGAGAAAAGGGCGCGCGAUGCUGAAGAGGAGGCUCGUCUGGUACAGGAGCAGCUCGAGGACCUUUCCAACGCCAAAGAUGAAGCCGCUCGGAUAAACGAGAAAAAAACGAUCGAUCUCGAAAUGCAGCUCCAAGCCGCUCAAAAGUCUGUGCAAGAGCUGGAGCAGGAGAGCCAGGCUCGCGAAACGGUGUUGCAGCAGGUGCAGGUGCAGUUGGCAGACAAGGACACCCACAUUGGCGAGUUGGAGUCUGAGGUGCUGCGUCUGAAGGCGCAGACCGGAGAUGCCGACACAAUGGCCAUCAUCAAACAAGAGUUGUCUGAGCAAGUCGCGCAUAUUCGGAACCUCGAGUCUACGAAUCGGGAGAACUUGAGUGAACUCAAGCACUUGCGACAAGUUCACCGGGCUACAGAGGUUGUGGAGGAAGAGAAGCGUUCUUUGCUCCGCAAGCUUGAGGCUGCCCAGGCUCUCGAGGUUGAGCUCUCGGAAGCCCAGAUUCAGCGUCAACGUCUCGAAGACGAAAGGCUGGCCUGGACUGCGUACCUCAAGAGCACGACCGCAUCGGGUGAGGACCUCGAAUUCGACUCCCCUGAAGCCCUGGCCCGAGCUCUCAUUGCUGAGCGGUACACGAUCGCGUCACACAUGGACAAGAUUGGUGGCCUGCAAGCCGAAUUGUCUGCGCAGGACAGCAGUAUCAAAUCACUGGAGGCCGAGGUAACGCGCCUCAAGGGCGAAGUGCAGAACGCCAAGGCCAGCGUCAGUGCUUCAAAUACCGACAAAGCGCGCAUGAGGGCAGAGCGUCAACGAGCGCUAGCUGUCAAGGAAGUCGAGAAUUUGCGUGCACAGUUGGCGCUGUUUGACACAGAAGACCUCCAGCCGGAGAACUAUGAUGAGGGUAAAGCCAGGCGGAUCAAGGAGCUCGAGGAGUUGAUUGAUCAGUACAAGUCGGAAACACAAGCUCUGGCAGCCGAGAUGGCGUCCCUCGAAACCACGCAGCCUACAACUGGGAAUAAGCGACCCAGAGUCGACGACGGGACGGACAAGAACGACGCCGGGCUUUCGGCGCAGCUGGCAGAACUUACACGCAAGAAGCGCAAACUGCAAGACGAGUUCUCGGCCCUGCAGUCACAACACGCGCUCACGGUGAAGGAGCUGUCGGUAGCACAGGAGCAGCUGAAGGCAGCUAAAAAGUCGUCGAAAACACGCGUUCUAUCGCUGCGAUCCAACCCCACAUCUGACUACGAAGCCAUCAAGCUCUCGACGCUUAAGGCCCUGCAGACGGAAAACGCCGAGCUGCUGGCUCACAUGCAGUCGCGAGCUAAAUCUGGGUCUUUCCCGACAGUACCUGCGUCUCAGCUGGCGGCAGCACAACGUCUCGUCGACGAGGCCAAGGCCGAGACGGCGAGCGCACAGAAGCUCAGCAGGCGACUGAAGGAAGUCUGGGGCAACAAGUCUCAAGAGUUCAAGGAGGCCGUCUUCUCCACCAUGGGCUGGACAGUCACUUUUAUGCCGAACGGCAAGAUGCGUGUCGAAUCUCAGUACUAUCCUUCAAAGACGGACGAGCACGAGAACUCGAUUGUCUUUGACGGUGAAAAGGGCACAAUGAAGGUCAGCGGCGGGCCCAGAAGCGCGUUCGCAGCAAAGAUCAGCAACCACAUCAAGUACUGGGUGCACACCAAGGGCUGCAUUCCGGGCUUCCUCGCAGCCAUGACCAUUGAGUUUUUUGAAGAACAAGAGACUUAG